CGCACAUCCAAACGGCAUCACACCCUCGACGGACGUCAUAGCGUCGCCGUCGGCAGCACCGCAUAAAUAUGACCCCCAUUAUUUUAGCACCGAUUCUGCCGAUCAUUUUUUAUCAUUUUCGUAGUUUGCUCUUCCGUUGCUAUCUUAUGGAUACAUCAUCGUAAAAUGCUGCUUGUUAAACGUCUGCCGGGCGUAUUGUACACCUACAGGUACACAGUUUAUUCGACGGGGAUCGUUUUCUCCACUUUCGUCUAUUUCUUAUUCAAGUGGAAUGUGCUUUGCGUCAAUCUUCAAGCUUGGCAGCACGUAAAAAAGAUGUGCAAACUUUACGAAGAUGGAUUGGCCGUAGGAUCGCUUUGUGCACCGCUCUGCGUCUCUAGAGACAUCCACUCGCUUACAUGUCAUUCAUUCCAAGCUGCGAAAGAGGCAGUUUUCAGUGCCGAAUGGCACAACAUACGCUUGGUGUUCAAAUCUGUGCCCCGAAAUAUCCAAACCAUUCACUGGUACGACAACGGAAUCUUAAAAUAUCCGACAGAAAAGGAGUUCCUAUCGACAAUACGUGCUAUAGUUAAAAGAAGGUUAAACCUAACGCUGGCAUACGACACGGCGGUGCGAUUAUCGCGUCUGAAGCCUUCCUACGAAGAAAAGGAUAAGGUUAAACGACAAAAGGAAAUUGAAAACCUGUGGUAUUUGCUACAAAACCACGAGUACCUUCUAUCCACUCUCUUCACGGACAAGGACGUGUUUCCUCAACUGCUCGGCACGUGCGGCCCAUAUUUCGCAGUUGAAUAUCUGGAACCCAUCUCGCUGGGUUCGUCUUUAUUCUCGACGAGCGACUCGCGUGAGGAAUGGGGUCGCAGACUAAAAUACGCAGUGCAAAUCUUAGAUUUGCUCGAAGAGCUGGAGAACAACUUUCGCGAACCUUUCUAUUUGUGCGACAUGAGAGUGGGUCAUUUCGGCUUCGCUAAAGACAAGAAAAAACUAAAGUUCAUCGACUUGGACGAGGUAUUUCCUCGAAGCGUGAUCGACGGCCUCUUUCAACAAACGCGGGGGUGUAAAAAGGAAAACGAUUGCGAAUUCUUGGACUGUCGAUCCGCUUGCAAUCAAACGUCGAACCGCUGCCUGACGACGACCGUGAACAGUAACUUUCAGAUAGUAUGCGAGAAGAUAUUCUUGGGUUGGAGGAUGUCCAAUACCGUGAUAGUUCCAGGGUUAUUGAUGUCGCAACACACACCAUCCGAUUUGGCGUCCAUUCUGAGACAGUGUGCCAAUCCGGACGGGAUGACAAGGAAAGCUCCGGACGACGCCAUUAGAAAACGCCUUUACAACAUUCUGGCGGAAGUUGAGCAGUCAGUGAAUAGCGAUUCCUUUCUUUAGCGAAUAAAGCUUUUGUUAAUA